AAAGAACUGGAGGCAGCAUUCUUCCUAUUUAAAGCUGCAUCACUUGAGGGGGGAAAAGUGUUUGCAGGCUGCGCAAGAGCCAGAGCUGUUUGAAAAAGAAAAGGCAAGCAAGAGAGGAGCUUGCAGACUUUCCGUGUGUCCUGUGGGAGUGCUAAAAGAAAAGAGCUGCCUUUAUGAUGUCCAUAUGAUCUUCUUUUGUACACUUUUUGUUUUGCACUUUUCCUCCGAGGAGGAUAUACAUGUCUAAUAUUUAGACAUGAUGGCCAUCUGGACCCAAAGAAGAACGUUUGUCAUUCUUAUUGCUUUUCUAGGACAUUUGGGGACGAUACGAGCACAAGAAGAGGACGAGUUUGAAGGGGACUUAGAAGAAGAAGAAAUCGCCUGCACUCAGAAUAACCAGGUGUAUCUGAAUAGGGACAUCUGGAAGCCUUCAGCAUGCCAGAUUUGUGUGUGUGACAAUGGAGCCAUUCUGUGCGAUGCUAUCCAGUGUCUCGAACCACUAGAAUGUGAAAGCCCACAAGUUCCCCCUGGAGAAUGUUGCCCUACGUGCCCAAACACAGCCCGAACUGGAUUUGAAGGUUCUAUCGGUAGAGGACUAAAGGGUCAAAAAGGAGAACCUGGAGUAGUACCAGUGGUUACAGGCAUACGAGGACGGCAGGGACAACCUGGACCACCAGGUUCACAAGGACCAAGAGGAGCUCGAGGGCCCAAAGGAAGACCGGGUGCCCGUGGCCCUGCAGGAAUAGAUGGGGAACCUGGUGUACCUGGACAACCUGGUGACCCUGGACCUCCUGGACAACCAUCCACAGGACCAGACGGCAUAGGCAGACCAUUUACCUCUCAGAUGGCAGGACAAGAUGAUGCCUUUGCACACAUGAUGAUGCCUGGUCCAGUGGGGCCGGUGGGUCCAAGAGGAGCUCCGGGUAAUCACGGGAAACAAGGUCCUAUUGGCCCCCCAGGUGCUCCAGGUGAAGUUGGUGACCCAGGACCCAUGGGCUCACCUGGUGUUCGUGGCCCAGAAGGUCCUCCAGGAAAGCCUGGUGAAGAUGGUGAAUCUGGCAGACCAGGGCAACCUGGGGAAGUUGGAUUUCCAGGAUCUCCAGGAGCUCGAGGUUUUCCUGGUACACCAGGUCAUCAAGGUCAGAAGGGCCCUAGAGGAGAGAAAGGACUUGAUGGCCCUAAAGGUGAAAUUGGAGCCCAUGGAUCUAAGGGUGAAUCAGGUCCACCAGGGCAGAUGGGUGCAACAGGACCUAUGGGUCCCCGAGGGAUGGCAGGAGAAAGAGGUCGAAUUGGACCACAGGGCGUUCCAGGAGCUCGUGGUUCGCAUGGUAUGCCUGGGAAACCAGGACCAGCGGGUCCUCUCGGUAUAACUGGUUCAUCAGGUUUUCCUGGCAUACCUGGCAUGAAGGGUGAAGCUGGUCCCACAGGUGCACGUGGCCCAGAAGGUCCUCAAGGACCAAGAGGAGAAACGGGCGCCCCUGGUCCCCCAGGAUUAUUUGGUCUUCCUGGUGCUUUAGGUACAGAUGGUUCCACAGGUACAAAAGGACCUUCAGGAUCUCCAGGAACUUCAGGUCCUCAUGGCUUACCAGGUCCACCUGGUUCUCCGGGACCACAAGGCAACACAGGUCCUCCUGGCAUUCGAGGACAAAUGGGAGAUCCUGGUGUUCCAGGUUUCAAAGGAGAAGCUGGGCCCAAAGGAGAGCCAGGUCCCCAUGGCCUCCAAGGACCAAUUGGACCUAUGGGUGAAGAAGGGAAAAGAGGUCUUCGUGGUGAUCCAGGAUCAGUUGGUAUUCCUGGAACUGUUGGAGAAAGGGGUCCUCCUGGUAAUCGUGGCUUUCCAGGAUCUGAUGGUUUGCCAGGACCAAAGGGAGCUCAAGGGGAACGUGGCCCUGCGGGAGCUUCAGGCCCUAAAGGAAGCCAAGGGGAUCCUGGUCGCAUGGGUGAACCUGGUCUCCCAGGUGCCAGGGGUCUGACAGGGAAUCCAGGGGUCUCAGGUCCAGAAGGGAAACUUGGUCCCUUGGGUGCUCCAGGAGAAGAUGGUCGGCCAGGCCCUGCAGGUCCAAUUGGAAUUAGAGGCCAGCCGGGCAGCAUGGGUCUUCCUGGACCAAAAGGGAGCAGUGGGGAUCCCGGGAAACCCGGAGAAGCAGGAAAUGCUGGUGUCUCGGGGCAGAGGGGGGCACCAGGAAAAGAUGGUGAAGUUGGCCCCGCUGGUCCUGUUGGGCCCCAUGGACCAGCAGGAGAAAGAGGAGAACAAGGUCCUCCAGGUCCCACAGGAUUUCAGGGUUUACCCGGUACCCCAGGCCCUCCAGGAGAAGGGGGAAAACCAGGUGAUCAGGGUGUUCAUGGUGACCCUGGAGCAGUAGGUCCCUUAGGUCCAAGGGGAGAACGUGGCCAUCCAGGUGAAAGAGGGAACCCAGGAUCAUCUGGUCUUCAGGGGGAAAAGGGUAUGGCUGGAGGUCAAGGUCCUGAUGGUCCAAAGGGAAAUCCAGGCCCUUCAGGAGCAUCAGGAGAUCAAGGCCCACCUGGUCUUCAGGGAAUGCCUGGAGAGAGAGGCCUGGCUGGAACACCUGGCCCCAAGGGUGAUCGGGGCAGCAUAGGAGAAAAAGGAGGUGAAGGAACAGCUGGCAAUGAUGGGGCCAGAGGACUCCCAGGUCCAUUAGGCCCAAAUGGCCCCGCAGGUCUGGCUGGUGAAAAGGGUGAACCUGGUCCUCGAGGUUUAGUUGGCCCUGCAGGCUCUCGUGGAAAUCCUGGUUCCCGUGGUGAAAAUGGCCCAACUGGCCCAGUUGGAUUUGCUGGCCCUCAGGGCCCUGAUGGUCAACCUGGUGUGAAAGGGGAACCUGGAGAACCUGGUCAGAAAGGAGAUGCUGGAUUCCCAGGACCUCAAGGUCUUUCAGGUUCUCAUGGUCCACCAGGCCCGCAUGGAGUUCAUGGACUCAAGGGAGGCCGUGGUACAAAAGGACCCCCUGGUGCUACAGGUUUUCCUGGAUCUGCUGGAAGAGUUGGACCCCCAGGACCUACAGGAGCUCCUGGUCCAGUUGGGCCUCUUGGUGAACCAGGCAAAGAAGGUCCUCCAGGUAUUCGUGGAGAUCCUGGUGGUCAUGGUCGAGUAGGAGAUAGAGGCCCAGCAGGACCAUCUGGCGGUCCUGGAGACAAAGGAGACUCAGGAGAAGAUGGACAGCAUGGUCCUGAUGGCCCCCCAGGUCCAUCUGGAACUACUGGGCAGAGAGGUAUUGUGGGAAUGCCAGGCCAGCGUGGAGAGAGAGGCAUGCCCGGCCUGCCAGGCUCUGCAGGAACUCCUGGAAAACAAGGUCCAACUGGACCAACAGGGGACAAGGGUCCUUCUGGGCCUAUUGGUACUCCAGGUGCUCCUGGACCGGUGGGUGAUGCAGGGCCAGAGGGUCCUGCUGGUAAUGAUGGCACUCCUGGGCGAGAUGGAGCUGUUGGUGAAAGGGGUGAUCGUGGUGAGCCUGGACCUGCAGGACUUCCUGGUUCUCAGGGUAUUCCAGGUACCCCAGGGCCAGUUGGAUCUCCAGGGGAUGCAGGACAAAGAGGUGAACCAGGUUCACGAGGCCCAGUAGGUCCUCCAGGCCGUGCUGGAAAACGAGGUUUGCCCGGUCCCCAAGGUCCUCGUGGCGACAAAGGUGACAAUGGUGAUCGAGGGGACAGGGGACAGAAAGGUCAUCGAGGUUUCACUGGCCUGCAAGGUCUCCCUGGACCUCCUGGACCUACUGGUGAACAAGGCAGUGCUGGGAUUCCAGGCCCAUUUGGCCCAAGAGGUCCCCCAGGUCCUAUUGGACCUUCAGGUAAAGAAGGAAAUUCUGGACCACAUGGACCGGUUGGACCUCCUGGUUUAAGAGGAACUUCCGGAGAAGCAGGACCUGAGGGCCCUCCUGGUGAUCCUGGUCCUCCAGGCCCACCAGGUCCCCCCGGCCAUCUUACUGCUGCAAUUGGUGACAUUAUGGGACAUUAUGAUGAUGGUCUACCAGACCCACUACCAGAGUUCACUGAAGAUGAAGCUGCUCCAGAUGACAACAAUAAAACAGAUCCAGGAGUCCAUGCCACACUGAAGUCACUGAGUAGCCAGAUUGAAACCAUGCGCAGCCCUGAUGGAUCCAAGAAGCAUCCAGCCCGUACCUGUGAUGAUUUAAAAUCAUGUCAUCCAUCCAAAAAAAGUGGAGAAUACUGGAUUGACCCUAAUCAGGGAUGUGUAGAAGAUGCAAUUAAAGCAUUCUGCAAUAUGGAAACAGGAGAAACGUGUAUAGCUGCAAAACCAGCUAUUAUUCCACGUAAAACAUGGUGGACUAGUAGGUCAUCUGAUCUAAAACCAAUAUGGUAUGGACUUGAUAUGAACAGAGGUUCACAGUUCGUUUAUGGCGAUAAUCAAUCACCCAACACAGUGAUCACGCAAAUGACUUUCCUGCGCUUACUCUCCAAAGAGGCCUCUCAGAAUAUCACCUAUCAUUGCAAAAACAGUAUAGGUUACAUGGAUGACCAAGCUAAGAACCUGAAGAAGGCUGUUGUGCUGAAGGGAGCCAAUGAUCAUGAUAUCCGAGCUGAAGGAAAUAACCGUUUUAGAUACACUGUCAUUUCUGACACUUGCUCCAAACACAAUGGGAAUGUGGGCAGCACAAUCUUCGAAUACAAAACACAGAAUGUGGCACGGUUACCUAUCAUUGAUAUUGCCCCAGUAGAUGUUGGAGGUGCAGACCAAGAAUUUGGAGUAGAGAUUGGACCAGUUUGUUUUGUGUAAAAAAGUAAAGAAGCAAAUAAGUAAAUACUUAAAUAAAUAAAUAAAUGGGCUUAUCUUUUCAAAAGCAUUGGGGAUGACAGCAGCAACAACAGAACACAAGAACUUAGACUGAGUGAAGUUAAUCCUGAGACUCUUGAAAUUACGGCUGAUAUUACAAUCAGCAUUGUAUAUAACAGUUCUUUCUAACUCCCUGGCCUUCUUUAGUGUAUUUAUUUUACUUACAAAUCUUCAGUCUCACUGUCUAAGUCAACAAUUUAAUGAAGUAAAUCCUAUUUUAAAACGACAAGUGACCACACCUGUAUCUAAAAUAAUUCAAAACUAAGCUUUGUUUCCUAAUUAGAAAAGAUAAUCAUGAUUUCUGGCGGUUCUGCUCAACUUUAAAAAGUGUAAUUCAUAUAAUAGAAGUAUGCUGAACAGCAAUAGGAAAUAAGUAAAAGAUUCAGAUGUUCACCAUAUCAAAAUAACAAGCCCAUCAAUGCAACGCCAUUGGGCACCUCCACAGACAGUCAUGGCCCUGUGUUCAAAAUGUGGUAUCUGUAUGAACCCAUAGUAUUCUGUUUGUCAACUGAGCCACUUUAUUUUCAGCUCAGCAGUUGUGAAUUUCAAAUCAUAGUUGAAACAAUUUCUCUUUUGAUAUACCAAUGUUUUGAAGAGUGGCUUCCCUUUGAUGCCAUCACCCCAGCUCUGAACUCAUCCAGUCUUUUCCAAUAGAGGUUCAUAUCUUAACAAAAUGUUAUUAACUUACUUUAAAAAUACAACAGAGGGACAAUGCACAGCUCUUUCCCAAGAAAUCAUUAUGAUAUGAAGAAAUACAGACAACAUGAAAUUCAGAAGUGUUGGGGGCAUUGUUUGAAUAUCAUAUUUUUCUGCCUGAUCAGAUAGACAGUACAGAGACUGGCUCAGGAGUUGCUCAUGGUUUUAAGACCAGGAAUUGUGAGAAGGAUCCGUGGGUCAGCUUCAAAUAGAUUAUUGGGAAUUUAGAAAGGAAAAUGGUGACAAAAAUCCAUAGAUUGCAACAAAGUGAUCUUAGUACUGAUAAGUAGGCAUAAGUUUGCCAGGCAGUAGAUAUUAGAAGACGGCUACAUUCUAGAGGAAAUUAUCAUUCAUAUAAUUGAAGCCACUCCCUAAAAAAUGUGUUCUGCAAUCAGUCAUAGCAGAUAAUGAAAGUGAAUCAGUCUUCCUCAACAUGAUGCAUUUCAGGUGUGUUGGAUGAUAAAUCAUUUAAUUCAGUAAUCAGCAUUGGUGAUCAUGGAAACUAAACAUGUGGACAAUAGGUUGGGAAAAAAUUGCAAAAGAUAAUAUUUAUGUUUUUAAUGUUUUAAUUAUAUGGUUCCCAGAGCUCAGAGUAUGUUAUCUCACUCAAUAAAUUUAUAAUCCCCCAAAAUUCCAAAACAAGUUUCAGAGUCAACACUUAAAAGAUUUUGUUUGUGGAGAGGAUUAGUUGUUGACUUAAUGAGCAGCAAACCCCUAGUGAACAAUUUUUUUCUUGAACGUAAUAAACUGUAGAUUAUUACAUUUUGCAUGUGGUCAAAGAUGAAAUUUCUAAAUGACUUCAGGUAAUAUCAGAAUUCCCCUAAUGUAGCCUUUCUCUAUCUGAGCAUCUUCUAAGUAAGUUUGGUUUCACUCUGAGAAUUUCCAAGCCAGCAGGGUCAUUAUUAAGAAUUUUAAUAGUUGGAGUGGACACAACACAGAGAUUAUGGAAGGCUGCUACAACUUCUUCAAGUGUAUUGUCCAGUUAUGUAUGUUUGUCAUUUAUUCCCAUGUAUUAAUCCCAAAUCAGGUAUUAACAUAAAUAUUAGAGUUUUACUGUGGCUGAAAGAAAUGUUUCCCUUAAUUACUGGUCAUGCAUCAUCAGAAAUUGUGACAUUGCAUGUCUUGAUUUAUUAGGACAAACCAAUGGUCCAUCAUUUCUUAGCAUGAGCUACCUCAUCUCUAGAAGCUGGGAUGCAUUUAAUAAUCUAGUGUUAAUUCUAGAUACAACAAGGUGCUAUGCUUCUGUUAUAAUUCCAAGAAUGGAGAUACACAGGGCAAUAUAAUAAUGAAGUAAUAAUAAUAAUUAUUAAAAUGUUUUCUUUAUGAAAAGGGAAUGGUGCUAAAAUGGUUUCUGUACAAUCCUGGAAAAAUAAAUUUAUUGUCAUCAACCUUUUCUUUUUUUAAUAGAAUUUAAAUACUAUAUUUUUGGUGUCUGGGAAAAAUUCUUAUACAUUGCGUUUUUCCUCUUAUGGUUUUAUGAUCUACAGAAUGGGGUGUUCAUCACCGUAUUUUUCUUUCCAUGGAGCAUGUGGCUACACGACUAGUUCUUCAGUUGGCUUCUUUGUUGAAGACCUAUGUUCUCCUGUUUCUUGAUUGUUUGUUUGUUUUUCUAAAUAAACACAUACACACAUACACAAGAAAAGCCAUACGCAUAGCUUUAUUCAUGUAUCUUUGCAAAGCAUUUAAUUAAAUACAAGUUUCAUGUUGA